AUGGCGCAGUCUUACCAGAGUCCAAACUUCGACACCUCAGCAGAUAGCAAACGAGAACGUGCGCUGGGUGCCUCAGAGAACCAUGGCGUCAGUCAUGAAUAUGAGGACCCUUUCGGGGACGAAGAGUUUGCCGAGGUGAAAUAUCGGACAUUGUACUGGUGGCAAUGUGGCAUGAUUAUGAUUGCGGAGACAAUCUCUUUGGGAAUUCUGUCACUACCCUCGGCCGUAGCGACUCUUGGACUGGUCGCAGCGGUAAUCCUGAUAGCGGGACUGGGACUCUUGGCCACAUAUACCGGAUACGUGAUAGGGCAAUUCAAGCUUCGGUACCCCCAUGUCCAUUCUAUGGGAGAUGCUGGAGAGAUAAUGUUUGGAACAUUUGGCUGGGGACGAUUUGGACGUGAAUUUCUGGGCACGGCUCAACUCCUCUUCCUGGUUUUCAUCAUGGGCAGCCACAUUCUCACUUUCACGGUGAUGAUGAACACCUUGACCGACCAUGGCACUUGCUCUAUUGUUUUUGGUGUCGUUGGCUUGAUUAUAUCCUUUAUCUUCGCAUUGCCACGGACACUGCGAAAAGUUUCGUGGUUUUCGUUCGCCUCCUUCAUUAGCAUCCUUUCUGCCCUGUUGAUCACGAUGAUUGCAAUUGCGAUACAACGCCCCGGUGAUGGCCACGUGGACGCGACCACGAAGAUAAGUGCUGCCACUGGUUUUCUGGCUGUGACAAAUAUUGUGUUUGCCUAUGCGGGUCAUGUUGCUUUCUUCGGCUUUAUUUCGGAGAUGCAAAAGCCUACUGAUUAUCCUAAGACCUUGUAUAUGCUUCAGGCGACAGACACCAGUUUGUAUAUCAUAGCCGCCGUGGUCAUUUACUAUUAUGGAGGCAAUGAUGUGAAAUCGCCAGCUCUGAGUUCCACUAGCCCUAUCACAGCGAAGGUGGCUUAUGGAAUCGCAAUUCCAACGAUUGUGAUUGCUGGUGUUAUCAAUGGCCAUGUCGCAGCAAAAUACAUCUAUGUGCGGUUGUUCCGGGGUAGUGACCGAAUGCACAAACGGAGUUUUGUGUCGGUUGGAUCCUGGGUUGGAAUCACCCUGGUGCUGUGGAUCGUCGCCUGGAUUAUUGCCGAGGCCAUCCCCGUUUUUAACAACUUGCUCAGCUUGAUCACUGCCCUCUUUGCAAGUUGGUUCACCUAUGGUCUUAGUGGCAUCUUCUGGCUGUUUUUGAACCGGGGACGAUACGUGAGUUCCCCGCGAAAAAUAUUUCUUACCAUUCUAAACCUUUUGAUUGUCGGUAUUGGUGGCUGCCUAUGCGGAAUGGGCCUCGGCGCACAAUCAGACACUAACCCUGGUGAGACCAUGCGUCUGGCCGUGGAGCGAUUUCGCACCAGAAUGGAAUCAUCAAAUAGGUGUUUCAUCCAGGAUUGCGUCGAUGAGAUCGAAGCUAUGCGUCUGUUGACCGAAGACGGAAAAUUUAGUCUUAUGCGUCCCUACUGGUAUGAAUUAGGAGUUACGGGCUUGAGUGACUGGAAUUAUGACGCUCCCAGAGGCCCUGUUCUGCGAGCUCGCGAGACGGAGAAUGUCUCGCGAUUAGAGGACCUGAAGACCAUAUUUCAUGAGCAUAUGGAUGGGAUUAUUCCGCCAAUGCUGGUGACGGAUAAAUGGCGCCAAAUAUUUCUUGAGACCAUCGAAAAUGUGUGUAAUGAGGCAGCAGUGCAAGAUAAAAAGGAUGAGGACUUCCAUAUUCCGGUGUGUGAUGAGCUGGGUCACUUUAUCAAAUACGCCAAUGGUGUCCAACAUCCGGACUUCCGUCGCUCCGGCAAGGCAUCUGAUAUUGAUCCCGGCAAAUCCCAAUGGGAAGAAGACCUCUCAACAGUUCCUGUCGGAAUUGAGCAAGGAGCUUUAGAUAAUUUAUUGGAUCACCAGCCACGCAUUAUCUUUUCCAACCAAUUCAACGGGGUCGGCGCUCCUGUUCCCCUGACUGUCGGCGUAGGCACCGCUGUCCCCGUAACAACGACGACCGCCGCGACAGCCAACCCCACCAGCCUAGCCCCCCUCCCAUCUGGCGGCGCUGAAGGCUGCGUGGCCAUCGUUUACUACCAGAACGACGACAAGAAUAUGCGAGAUUACCACGGAUAUGAGUUCUAUCCGCUCACACCGUCUAUGGAUGUAUGCCCUGGGUUCAGCUCGUCAGAUUAG